AUGGUCCAGUUUCAGAAGCUCGAGGCGCGGGCGAACGACCCGACGCUGGAGAGCGUGCGGUUCCUCUACGAGGAGUUCAAACCGAGCUGCUUCAUGUUCAUGGUCUACGAGGUCUCCCGCCGCAUCUUCCUCACGGGGUGCCUGUCCAUGUUCGUGCCCGAUUCCAUCUCCCAGAUCGCCAUCGGGCUCCUCGGCAGCCUCAUCUCCUACCGCGUCUUCAGCCACUACGAGCCCUACGUCGAGGAGGACGACGGGGUCGUCUCCGAGGUCGCGCAGACGGAGCUCGUCCUCGUGUUCUUCUACGCGCUGAUGGUGUUCGCGACGGACAAUCUCGAGCAGCACGACGGCGUCUUCUCGGGCAAGGUGUUCGCGAGCCUCCUCGUCGUGCUCCUCGCGUCCACGCUUCUCAUUGCACUCUGGCUGAUCAUCCUCGCGAACUUUAGCGGCGACGAGUUGCGCUCCUGCUUCGUGGGAUCGCGGCGCGGCCUCCUCGACGUCGGCCGCGCGCUGUCGGGGCUGGUCACGCCGAGGAGCCCGAAGGACGGCGGCGGGGGGGACGUCCCCGUCGAGGCCGGCGCCGUCGAGGCGGAGGCCAUCGCGCGGAUCUGA